UCUGAGCCCUGACAAGUGUGGGGUGGGCUGAUGAUACAGCCUCACUUUGAGAGGAGACUCCGGGGGUCUAUUAGAGACACAGAGCAAGUGCUGUAACGCCUGUCCAUCGAGACACACGGGAUCUCUGUCAGGAUGCCAGAGCCUGCUAGAAGAGCAGCUUCUGCUUUCACAAAAAAACCGAAGACGGCAGAGACCGCCGCGGGCGGAGCCGUCGUUUUUGAGGCAGAGACCGAAAAGGUGGAUGUGAAGCUGCGCUGGCAGCGGGGGUCUGCUGACAUCACGGCCAGCGAGAAGUAUGUGGUCACUGCCGACGGGAGUAAACACUCACUCACCGUCAGAAAUGUCACCAAGGAGGACGACGGCAUCUACGCUGUGAUCGCCGGCACAUCCAAGGUCAAAUUUGAGCUGAAGGUGAAAGAAGAAGCAGUGAAGGAUGGUGAAGCCUCUGCCCCAGUUCCAGCUUCAGAUCCAGCACCAGCUGAAGCUGCAGCUCCACCAGAAGCUCCUGAUCCAUCCUUAGCCUCCACUGAAGCUCCGUGCCAGAAUGGAACAAAGAGCCAAGGGGAAGCUGCAGGACACAAUGAAUCAGAUCUGGCUGAGAACCACCAGCCAGACACGCGGCAGGAUCUGACAGGGCUCUUCUUGGAAAAGCCACAGAGCGGGGAGGUCACCGUGGGUGAAAAUAUAACAUUUGUGGCCAAGGUGGGCUCAACCAACCUGCUGAAGAAGCCAACCAUCCGCUGGUUUAAGGGCAAAUGGAUGGAUCUGUCAAGCAAAAUAGGGAAGCAUCUGCAGCUGAAGGAGCAGUAUGAUCGCAACACGAAGGUGUACACCUUUGAGAUGCAGGUGAUUGAAGCCAAGGCCAACUUUUCUGGAGCUCUCCGAUGCGAGGUGUCCUCCAAGGACAAAUUCGACAGCUGUAAUUUCAACCUAAUCGUACACGAGGCUCGUGUCGUAGAAGAGUUUGACAUUCGUGCAGCUUUCAGACGCACGAGCGUGGAUGCCGGUGAGACUGCAGGAGAGCUGGACUUCAGUGGUUUGCUGAAGAAGCGGGACAGUUUUUUAAAAGCGCCCAGCCGUGCAGUCCAAGCAAGCAGUGAACCUGACGUAGACGUGUGGGAUAUACUUCAGAAAGCACCACCCACAGAAUAUGAGAAGAUUGCCUUCCAGUAUGGCAUAACUGACCUGCGUGGGAUGCUAAAAAGACUGAAGAAGAUGCGGAAGGAGGAGAAGAGAAGUGAGGCUUUUCUCAGGAAGCUGGACCCCGCCUACCAGGUAGAGAAAGGUCAUAAGAUCAAGCUUGUGGUGGAAGUGGCCAACCCAGAUGCGGAGGUGAAAUGGCUGAAGAAUGGACAGGAAAUACAUCCAACCGGGAGCAAGUACAUUUUUGAGAACAUUGGGAACAAGCGGUUCCUCACCAUUAAUCACUGUUCACUGGCCGAUGAUGCCGCUUACACCUGCAUGAUCGGACCCGAAAAGUGCGUGACGGAACUGUUUGUCAAAGAGCCCCCGGUUUACAUUGUGCGUAACCUGGAGGAUCAGAUGGCGAUGAAGGGCGAGCGAGUGGAGUUUGAGUGCGAGGUGUCCGAAGAGGGAGCCCAUGUCAAAUGGGAAAAAGACGAUGUGGAGCUGACAAGGGAUGAAUCGUUCAAGUACCGCUUCAAGAAGGACGGGAAGAAGCACGUGCUGAUAAUUAAUGACGUCUCUAAAGAGGAUGCCGGACACUACAGGGUGAAGACAAACGGAGGACAGUCUGUUGCAGAACUCAUGGUUCAAGAGAAGGAGCUGGAGGUGUAUCAGAGCAUUGCCGACCUGACAGUGAAGGCCAAAGAGGAAGCCGUGUUCAAGUGUGAGGUCUCUGACGAAAAUGUGAAGGGCACCUGGUACAAAAACGGCAUGGAGGUGAAGCCUAAUGCUCGGACUCACAUCACGCACAUUGGCAGGAUUCACAAGUUGACGAUUGAUGACGUGACAGCCGAGGAUGAGGGCGACUACACGUUUGUUCCGGAGGGAUAUGCCUUCAACCUGUCUGCCAAGCUCAACUUCCUGGAGGUCAAGAUUGACUACGUACCUCGACAAGACCCACCAAAAAUCCACCUGGACUAUACAGGCAGCACAAGUGAAUCGACCAUCGUGGUAGUGGCAGGAAACAAGCUGCGAUUGGAUGUUCCCAUAACGGGUGACCCCGCCCCCACCGUGGUGUGGACCAAGUCUGAGAAGGGUGACUCUAAAAAGCUGAAGAACAGUGAGUCGACCGUGGAGUUCUGUGCCACUUUGAAGGACGGGGAAGUGAUCUCAACAGCAGACGGCCGGGUCCAUGUGGAGAGCGCGAGGGGUCAUUGUAUCUUCACCAUUGAAGGGGCGGAGCGGCAGGAUGAGGGCGUGUACUCAGUGAUUGUCCGCAACCCAGCAGGGGAGGACACUGCCGACAUUACUGUCAAAGUCGUUGAUGUUCCAGACCCUCCUGAAGCACCCAGAAUCCUCAGUGUUGGGGAAGACUCCUGUAUAGUGCAGUGGGAUCCCCCCCUGUUUCAUGGAGGCAUGCCUGUUUUAGGUUAUGUCCUCGAGAGGAAGAAGACUAAGAGCUACAGGUGGAUGCGGCUGAAUUUCGAUCCCUACACCGAGCUGACCUAUGAGGCCAAGAGAAUGAUUGAGGGCGUGGCCUAUGAAAUGAGAGUCUAUGCAGUCAAUGCUAUUGGCAUGUCCCGCCACAGCCCCGCCUCCCAGCCCUUCGUGCCAAUUGCUCCAACCAGUGAGCCGGUUGGCCUGUGCAUAGAAGACAUCAGUGACACCACCAUCACCCUGAAGUGGAGAUCUCCUGAGCGUCUGGGGUCAGCCAGGCUUGAAGGCUAUGGAGUUGAGUACUGCAAAGAAGGAUCCGAGGAGUGGGUCCCGGCCUUCCAGGGGCUGACAGAGCGCACCUCUGUGGUCAUCCGCGACCUGCCCACAGGCGAGAAGAUGCAGUUCCGUGUGCGUGCCUACAACCCAGCAGGCCCCAGCGCCCCCGCCACGCUGGCGCAGCCUGUCACCAUCCGGGAGAUCAUGCAACGGCCCAAAAUCUGGAUUCCUCGCAACCUUCGUCAGACUCUGAUGAAACACGUUGGGGAGUCAGUGAACAUGGUGAUUCCAUUCCAGGGAAAACCUCGACCAAAAGUUACCUGGACAAAAGGGGGAGAGCCUCUCGAUACGAAGCAAGUCAACAUCCGAAACAGUGACACCGACACCAUCCUGUUCAUCCGCAAGUCAGACCGCGGAGACUCGGGGAAGUACGAGCUCAAGGUGCAGAUUGAGAAUGUCGAGGACACUGCCACCAUCAACAUCCAGAUUGUCGACUUUCCUAGCCCACCUCAGAACUUAAAAAUCACGGACAUAUGGGGCUUUAACGUAGCCCUGGAGUGGAAACCCCCAAAAGACGACGGCAACUGCGACAUCACAGGUUAUACAGUCCAGAAAGCAGAAAAGAAGACAAAGGAGUGGUUCACUGUGUUCGAGCACUACCGACGCACCAACUGCGUGGUGUCUGACCUGGUCAUGGGCAACGAAUACAUCUUCCGUGUCUACGCCAUCAACAUGGUGGGUCAGAGCCAGGAAGCUUGCAACUCCCAGGACAGUGCUUACAUCCAGAAGACUGGGAUGUUGUACAAGCCGCCUGUGUAUAAGGACCCCAAUUUUGCAGAGGCCCCCAAGUUCACACAUCCGUUGGUGAACCGCUCGGUGAUUGCAGGCUAUAACGCCACCUUGACCUGUUCCGUGCGAGGAAUCCCCAAGCCCAAAGUGACCUGGUACAAGAACAGAAUGGACAUCUCCAAUGAGGCCAAGUACAGGAUGUUCAGCAAGCAAGGUGUCCUAACGCUGGAGAUCCGAAAACCGUGCCCCUUCGACGGAGGUGUUUACACGUGCAAAGCGGUCAAUGACAGCGGGGAAGACAUGGUGGAGUGCAAGCUGGAGGUCCGCCCUCAAGUCACCAAAGUCGAAGCAAAGACCUGAAGAGACGCUCGAGGGCAGCGAGGUGCCCCCGGACCGCCGCCCUCAGCACAGAGGCGGAAUCCCACUUGUUUUGCUUCUUUUCUUUUUCUGUACAUUGUACGGAUAUUGAUUUUGUGACUGAAAUGUGCAAAAUUAAUUUGAAAAAAUUAAAAUUUAUUAAACAGCUUUCUGUGUAUUACUGUUAGAAUCUUUAGUCACUUUGCAUAUUACUGAGUACGCUUUGUAACUAAUGUAUUUUAAAAAUCUAUAAUACAUUUGAGAAUCAAAGACUGGAUAUGUAAAUUGUUUUUGCUAUAACUGACACUUUUUUUAGGAUUUCAGCGCUAAAUGUAAUGUUAGGGUUGACACUAGGGUUUGGGUGACCAUUAGGUUCAGGAUUGGUUUUAAGUUUAGGCUUGAGAUUUAGUUAGGUUAAAGGUUGGCAUUGCACUCAUUGUUGAGCUAAGGGUUAAUGUUAGGUUUAGGGUUAAAAUAUGAGUAAUCAUUCAUGUUAGCAAUACCAUUAGGGUUAGCAUUAGAGCUAGGGUUAGCAUUAAGGUUAGAGCUAGGUUUGGGGUUACGUUACCUUAAGGGUUAGAGCUAGGAUUAGGGUUAGAGUUGCUAUAACCUUUAUGAUAACCUAACUGUUGUUCUAGCUCUAAUAGCAACCCUAACUCUAACCCUUAUGGCAGGGCUCUUCAAAUCUGGACCUUAAUUCCAAAUCCAGGCCUUGUUUUCAGUUCUCCCAUGUACUUAGUUUAAUAAUUACUGAUUCUGAUUGGCCAGAAGCUUCACACCUCUAAAGGAAGGCUAGAAAAUCAGCAGGGCUCAAACAUUGAGGACCGUGAUUUGAACAGUUGUGCCUUAUGGCAACCCUAACCUUAAACCUAGCUGGAGCCCUAAUUAUACUUUAGUUCAAUUUAUUUGAGAUGAAAAAACUCUUUGUUUGUGGCUAAAGAUACUUUUUUGCAUAUGUUGCUGUAUCUUUAAAUAUAAAUAAAAAUACUGCUGUUCAA